UGAUGUUUGUGGGACUAAAACAUUCAGGUGAAAAAUCUUUUACAAGUUCAUUAAAAGCCGGAGAGGUGAUGUCGAAGGAGGACGGGUGUAGCACUUUUGAAAAGACAAUAAUAAAAAAAAAACAAAGAAGAAGACGGGACAACAAAAAUAAGCAUUCAGUGUAAAAAAAUAUAUAGAUGCAGUGUGAUGAAAGGACAGGCAACGAGACGGAAAGAGAUACAGAGAGAUGGAGGAGGGGGGCAGAGAGAUAAAGAUAGCUGAAAGGAGGGAGAUCCGUCAGCGUUUGUUUCCUCAGGAUGUGGUUACCACGACGACACAAAGGCAGAGAGGCAACAUCACUACCCGCUGGUCCUUUUUGACACCUGCGACAAUGUACCUUUUAGCCAAACAAACCUCGGUAUCAUGGAGGAUCGCUCAUCCUUCGCCAACCUCCAGCACCCCCGUCUCCGCCCAUCCUUUUCUCUGACUGUGCACGGCUUCCAAAGCUCUGAAGCCGGAUGCCCGACCUCGCAGCCUGCUCAAGAUUCCCUGGAACAUUACGGGACCAGAGAACAGGAAUCCCCAGCCUCGUUCCUGACAUCAAACGUCUCCUCUGGGCCCAGAAGGAUGAGCAGUUUGGAUGGAGAUGCUGGUUUAGGAGGUCACUUUGAUGACUCCUGGUAUGCAAGGGAGGGAAUGUGGGAUGACGGGGAGAGCGGUGAAAGCACGGCGGAGGAUUUUCACGGUAAAAGUUACGCAAACGAUGCUUUUUGCAUGAUGAGUUGUGGUGCUGAGGAGGAGGACAGAUGGAGGAUCCGAUCAAACCUGAGCAGUUGUGGAGGCUGUGAGGAUAAGAGUGAUGACAGCAGGCCGGCGUUCACUACGCAGGAAGUUUCCUACAACAGAGCAGGAAGCUUCAGCGGCACGACCAACUCAAAGCUCAGCCAGUACACAGCAGGAGACGAGGACUACGGGUCCAGCUGCGGGUCGGCGGAGGAUCAGCUUCAGCCAGCAGAAGCUGAGGGCUCCUGGAUCUCUGGCUCUCGUACAGGAGGGACUGAGGUCAGAGGUCAGCCAGAGGGCAGGUGGAGGGGACCCGCAGACAGCCACAGUUUGUCCUCCGGCUGUGUCUCACAGAUGUCCCCUGUGGACAUCAGCAGCAGGACGUACACUCAGAAACUGGACUCCUUCUCCGAAGCGUUCCUCUCCCAGAAGAAAAGAAGAUUCCAGACUCUUGGAGUGGAUUCCUCUGGGCAAAUCUGGGAAAAUGGAAUGGGAACAGCUGGAAUGAUCAAAUCCAUUCAGAGCUGUGCGUUUGACUCAGACUCCGGCCUGCCUCCCUCCUCCUCCUCCUCUUCCUCCCCUGCCUGUCCCUCUCUUCUGCCCUUCCCCUCCCCUCCCACAUCAUCUCACCUCAUGUCUUCGGUUCUUAGUCCUCCUCCCACACCGUUACCUCCUCCCUCCCACUCGCCCUCCAAAACGGACUCUCCCAGCACCCAGGGAGGCAGCAGACACCCCGAACCUCCAGGCGGGCUUCAGUUUUUCUCAUCCCACAUGCCUUCCAUGCACUCCUCUGGAAUGAUCUGGAAGUUCCCUCUGCUGUCCCACUGCAUCCCACAGCCGUGGACAGAUCCCAGCAGCACCGUAGACUCCAGCCGGAUCCCAGCCUCCUCCACCAUCCUUCAGCCUCCUGGAUCACCGUCACUCACCUCUCCAUCCCUCCACUCCUCCGGAGCUUUGUCUUCCUCCUCUUCAUCCCUUAACAGUUUUUGUCACCUUCCCUUCCUCCCUUUUCCUGGCGAACACCAGGAGACGACUGAAAGGACAAGCGUGUGCAGCGUCAGCCGGACAGUGAAGAGUGAGGCGGUCGCUCCGGACCGGUCACAGAUUCGGCCACAAACUCCUCCAGUUUACACUGGCAGGCCGUUUCCCAGCAUCCUUCACUCCAGAAGGUCUCAGAAACGAGGUCGCUACACCCCACCCCCGCUUCUCAGUCCAGUCCGCAGGGGCCCGGGACUCUAUUCCUCCCUCUCUCUUCAUCACAGAGAGGAAGAAACCCCGUGUGGAGAGGAGGUGGAGGAGGAGAGCAGAGGAUACGUCAACAUCGGUCCCGACUUCCAGGCAGAGCUUCCUCCCUGUCGGGUGGCCCAUGAGUGGUCGGGUGUGUGGCUCACAGAGGACGACUCCCCUCCAGAGGAGUUGCUAUGGAAACCAUCAGAGGAGCUGACCGAGAGUGAUACAUUACAAAGCCAGGUGGAGAAGCUGUUGUCUGUGUGUAGUUCCAGCUGCCUACCAGGAGGGGGCAGAAACACAGAUCUCGCUCUGCACUGUCUGCACUACUGUCAGGGCGACACCAUGGCCACAUUAGAGAUGCUGUUGUUUUCACACCCGUCCCCAACAGGAGACUACCACUAUUCAGGUUGCGAUUUUUGGACGGACACCGAAAAGAGUCUCUUCAGUGCAGCUCUGAGGACACACGGGAAAGACUUCUCCCUCAUAAAAAAGACGGUGAGGACAAAGACAGUGUCCCAGUGCGUGGAGUUUUUCUACCUGAGCCAAAAGCUCACGGGCAAACAGAAGAAACAAAAGGAGGACGAGCGCAGAGACGCACAGGAGGAGCUGCAAACAUGCAAGUCAUCCCACUCUCAGCCGUUAAAAAGACCCUAUACGCUGGAGGAGGCGGUUUCUGUCCCCCCGCUGGCCAGCUUCUUCCCCUGCAAACUGUGUGGAAAAAUGUUCUAUAAGAUUAAAUCCAGGAACGCUCACAUGAAGAUCCACCGUCAGCCUCAGGAGGACUGGACCGACCGGCGGCUGCAGCACCAGCUCCUCACGCAGAGUCUGGCUCUCGGUCGUCCCAACAACCUCGUACCCAGCCCAGGAAGUAGCCGGCUCCAACCCCAGGCUUCAGCCCUGACCUUCUCCUCCUGUGGCCUUGUGCCAAACAGCAACAUAGCCAAAAGCAUCGCCAUUGCUCCGAAUAACAUCAGCUUCCUUGAUCCUAAUGCUGCUGUGGCGUUCAGCAACACCACUCCUCCAAACUCCCACUUAAUCACCAUCAACAGCAGUGAUGUGGGCGAGUUGAAUCGAAAAGAUCCCUCCGCCGUUUUAUCCCUCCACCAGCCAUGGGGGUCAUUUGGACACUCUCCUGACCUCUCCACCUUCUACUGCCUCACAGAGGGAAAGGAAGAUGGAGGCGGAGGGGUGGAGGGAAAAGAGACAAUCAGCUGGCAGUAGUCUAACUUUUUCCAGAAACGCAUUACUACCGCAAGCCUCGAAAGCGAAAUCAAACUGCGUGCAUUUAAGUUCAAACUCAAGUAUUUUUUAAACUUUUUGAAGCAUUUAAAAACCAAACAGACGGUCCUUCUUGUUAGAUUUUUGUUGUAGAUUUUGCACGUACUUACGUAACAUAUUUAACGUUUCUCAUGAAAUUGAGGUUUUAAUAAAAUUGUGGCUUUUUCAUUUCUAUUUUUUUUCUGGCCUUCCACACAUGGAUAAUAAAACCAAAUAAAAACAAUAAUAGUGACAGUUGGGCUGCAUUUUUGGUUCUUUUUAAAACACGGAUACGUUUUUUUUUUCUACCUUGCUGACAGCUUCGCUCGCCGACUGCAAAACUUCCUCAGAUUUGACGCGUCGGCAAACAAAACUGUCAGCAAGGUAAAAAAAAAAACCUUUUCUGUGUUUUAAAAAGAACCAAAAAUGCCGUUAGAAACCAGACACAGCAAUGUAGCGUCAUGAAGGGACUGUUUUCCACCUAAAGGUCAUCUCCCCCUCUCUCCUCAUGAAGAACUAAUCUCCUUGCGAUAUGGCUCAAGGCCUUUGAUGCCUCUGCAUCUAAACAGUUUUAACUAGCUAUUUGCCUCCCCCUACAGCUCAGGAGAAGAUCAGAAGAACUCUAUUAAAUAAUAAUCAAAUAACUUUGUUAGUCCAAAUAAUCAUGUAAAGCUCAAUGUUAAAUCAAUCUGUGAAAUUAUAUAAUAAGUAAUAUAACUUUAAACUACACACUAGACUGAUCACAAGUAAUGUUAAAAUCACAUGACAUAUUCCUUUUGCCUCUCCAAUCAGAGCUUUCCUUUUUGACGCGCGGCUUGGUCUGUGCAGUGUUUAUUUUUGUUGUCAAAUUCUGAUUCGACUAUAAAUCAAAGCAUCUGAAUUAUAAAACUAAUUCCCACGUCACCCUUAACUCAGUUCAACGUUCUAGAGUAUUGAGCCGGCCACUCGUAACUUUUUAACCACAAAGAACCUAACGACAAGCUGGAUAAUAAAACCUGUUGCAAGCUACAACUGACGCAACGCUCCUUCAGAGUAAAAGCUGAACUCACUGACCCUUCAGGGUCCCACUGACGCUGUCAAACACCAGUUGCUUACCUGGAGGCAAUCCCAAGACUAGUCUGUUGUACCGUACGCUGUUUCACCGGCUCCGGUACCAAAGGGGAGCCAGAGAAAAUCUGGGCCUCUCUGCUUAGGUUGCUGCCCCCGUGUCCCGACUCCGGAUAAGCGGAAAAACACAUUAAAAAAAACUCCAAAAUCAACAUUUAAAAUGUUCAAUUUUGAUCUACAAAACUAAAAAUACAAGCAAACUUCUUUAUUUAUGCCAAAUUGAUCAAUUUUUCCUCCCCCUUUGUAGCAUUUUUUUCACAUGAAUGUUAUAUUUCAUAAACCUCAGACAAAGUGGCAAAUAUUCUCACAAUGCACUAUGGGUAGCAUGUGGAAUCAGCUUACCCUAAUUCAGUUCAAUUCAAUUCAGUUUAUUUAUAAAGCACCAAAUCAUGACAAGAGUCGUCUCGAGUGCUUCACACAGUAAACAUUCCAAUUCAGGUCAGUUAAUUAAGCCAAUCAGUAAAAAGUUUCCCAUAUAAGGAACCCAGCAGAUUGCAUCGAGUCACUGACUAGUGUCAGAGUCUUUACAGCAAUCCUCAUACUAAGCAAGCAUGCAGCGACUGUGGGGAGGAAAACUCUCUUUUAACAGGAAGAAACUUCCAGGAUCCUGGCUCAGUAUAAGCAGCUAUCCACCACGACUCACUGGGGAUCGAGAGGACAGAGCAGACACACACACACACACACACACACACACACACACACACACACACACACACACACACACACACACACACACACACACACACACACACACACACACACCAAGUAAUGUGUCUAUAGUUACAUUGUGAUUUCUUAGUAAAUAUUCUAUUUGGCGAGAGAUAAACUUUAUUGUAUUUAUCCUAGUGGAUCUAUAAUUAAACAGGUAAACUAGUAGUAGCACAUCCAACGUCAAAGAGAGUAAAAUGUUAUUAUCAGGGGAGGGAGAAUGUUUAAGUGGUUAGCAUCAGUGUUCAAGUCGAUGGCCCCCUCCAUGAGGGCACCACUGUCAUGCUCUGUGCUGUACUAACCAUCUUGGUCUGAGCUUUGUUUGCAGGUGGGUGUGUCUGGAGAGCUCAGCUGUAUCAAAUCAGCUCAUCAGCGGUCAGGGGACUUAAGGAGCAGCAGGACAACUCACCAGUGCCAGAUGAUACUCAGUCUUGGGUGGUUUCUAGCCCUCCUCCUGAUCUUUCUGAAAGAUAUCAGAACUUGUUAGUCUGCCCAUUCCUUCCCUUCGGGCAGUUAACUUGCUCUGCCCUCCUGAUCCCUCCAGGUUCCAGUCAUCUAUUCAUAUUCGCUUUCUACAAUAUCACCGGAACCAUCAUCAAUAUUCCAGUCCCGCCAUUUGCCCCUGAUCGCCUGCUCUCCGCCACUCACCGGCCCACCUGCAGCUCCUCGGUCUCCCUGCUCAGCCAGACCUGGCAUACCCUCCCCGAAGAACCCGGAUCAUCCAGGAAACCGUAAGCCCUUUGCAUUCCUCAUCAUCCUCUCACGUUGUUCCAGACUCUGACCUCUCUUCCUCUCUCAGACCCCCACGGAUCCAUUUCCGGUCCAUCGGAAGCUACCUCUACCGCACUAUACAAAAUAAGCCAUUUUUACUUACCUUCCGACUCCUGGUGGUGAUUCUUCAUGUCGUGGGUUAAGAAAUUGCCCUCAAACAUGACAACCACAGCUCAGCAGAACAUCACUGUAGCUUCUUUUGGGGAGAAAAACACUUAGAGAGAAAUACAGUUAACAGCUGAAAUAGCAGAAAAUAAAGCAGUUUAACAAUGCAGUAAAAGAAAGUAGUAGAGUGUGGAAAGUGGUCGGUGUGUCCUCCAGCAGUCUAAGCCUAUAGCAGCAUAACUACAGAGAUGACUCUGGAUAACCUAGCCUUUUAGAUGGAGGCAUGUUUCUAGCCUGGCCUGCCAGACCCGUCCUCUGUCUACAUAGAGAACUAGUCUGGUUACUCACAGGCAGAGAGGCACAAGAGGGGCGGGACUAGCCAGCUCAAAAAUAACCAGUCAGAAAAAAGGCAGAAAUGCAGACUGUACGGUGUGACACUGUAGUUUUUUAGUUGUAGUCAAAAAUGGCAUCUGGCAACGGCGCAAACAUCUUUCUUUAGAAGAUAGGCUUUUGGCGCUUCUACUUGUUGUGGUAUUAAAGACAUGUCCAAGUCAUUUAGAAGAGAGGAAAGAGCUGCAGCAAACUCCCCUUCAGUCGCCAUGUUCAUAAGAAACUCAGCGUUGCAGUGUGUGUGUGUGUGUGUGUGUGUGUGUGUGUGUGUGUGUGUGUGUGUGUGUGUGUGUGUGUGUGUGUGUGUGUGUGUGUGUGUGUGUGUGACGUACACUGCUCAGCGCUGAUUGACUUGGUCGGAAUUCUCAGGGGGUGGGGUUAUUUGAAUAGAAGAGUUCCCAGACACAAUACUUUCCAUAAUGAAGCAUGGGGCUGGCUGGUCAGGCUAGCAAGUAGGAGAAAGGACAAGGGAGAACCGUCUUUACCAACUGUAUUCUCCACUGUACACUCCACCUCCCUCUCUUCCCCCACUCAUUCAGAUCUGGGCUAACAUCAGAUUUUAACCAUAGACCCUAUCAAAUAAAAAUGUUUUAAGCCUAGUCUCAAAAGUAGACAAGUUGUCUGCCUCACGGACUAAAGCUGGGAACUGGUUCCACAAGAGGGGAGCCUGAUAGCUAAAAGAUCUGCCUCCCAUCCUAUUUUUAGAUAUUCUGGGAACCACCAGUAAACCUGCAGUCUGAAAGCGAAGUGCUCGGUUAGGAACGUAUGGAACAAUCAGAUCACUUAUGUAUGAUGGAGCUUGAUUAUUAAGAGCUUUAUAUGUGAGAAGGAGGAUCUUAAAAUCUAUUCUGAAUUUAACAGGUAGCCAAUGUAGGGAAGCUAAGACAGGAGAGAUAUGAUCUCUCUUUUUAAUUCUCAUCAGAACUCUAGCUGCAGCAUUUUGGACAAGCUGAAGACUUUUAACUACAUUCUGUGGACUUCCUGAUAGUAAUGAAUUACAGUAAUCCAGCCUUGAUGAACUAGUUUUUCAGCAUCACUCCUGGAAAGGAUCCUUUUAAUCUUAGCAAUUUUCCAAAGGUUGAAGAAGGAAAUCCUACAAACCUGUUUAACGUGGGAUUUGAAUGACAUGUCUUGGUGAAAGAUAACACCAAGGUUCCUUACUUUGUUCUCGGAGGCUAAUGUAAUGCCAUUCAGGUCAGGUGAUUGACUACGCAAUUUCCUUUUCUGAAUUUCAGGUCCAAAGAUGAGAACUUCAGUCUUGUCUUGAUUUAAAAGCAAAAACUUUAAAGUCAUCCUAUUUUUUUUAUGUCUUCAAGACAAGUCUGUAAUCUAACUAACCGAUUAGGUUCAUCAGGGUUAAUGGAUAAAUAUAAUUGAGUAUCGUCAGCAUAACAGUGGAAAUUUAUCCCAUGAUGUCUAAUGAUUUUACCAAUUGGAAGCAUAUAUAUAGUAAAAUGAAUUGGCCCAAGCACUGAACCCUGUGGUACUCCGCAAGUAACCCUAGAGUAUGAAGAAGAUUCGUCAUGUACAUUUACAAAAUGAAAUCUGUCAGACAGGUAGGAUUUAAACCAGCCUGUCACUGCUCCUUUGAUCUCUACAACAUGUUCAAGCCUUUCUAAAAGAACAUUGUGAUCUACUGUGUCAAAAGCAGCACUGAUCUAAUCAAUUACCAGGCUUGUUUACUGAGCUAUGCUAGGCUAGGAAACUCUAUGUAUAUGACUCACUCUAGAAUCACAAACAGUGCUUUAAAAAGAAACUCAAACUUUUCUGUUUGUGAAAUCCCGUUUGAGCUGCAACAUGAAAACACUGACAGGUUACUAAAAGGUUUUUAUGCACCAUCAUAAUGGGCCAAUAUUGACCUUGGUAGCACAUCUCCUCUCUUAUGAGUUCCUGUAUGUCCUGAAUUACCCAGUUGAUGGUUAACCACUGUGAUUGAGCCUGAUGUGUUUAGGUCUGUACGGUGAAAAGUCCCUGGAAAAGAUGUGUGUGUGGAGGCUGAAAAUAACAGCUGAAUGUUCAAAAUAUUUCAGAACAAUAAAACCAGAAGAUUAAAAAAGUUUUGAGUUUACAUUUAACAGUUCACAGAGGAACCAGGGGAAAGCUUCUGGGUUGCAUGAACUUCACAAGUCGCUGCACGCCCUUUGACACCGUCUCUCCUGGAGCGUUACUACGGGCUGCGAUGGUGAUAGCUGUUUGUGUGGUUGUGUGAUCGGUGAUUAAAUCUGUGUGUGUGCGUGCAUGAGUGGCAUGUGUGUGUCACUGAUAAGUGUGUUGGCCUUUAAAGUAGUUCCUCCCCCUGACAAAAGUCCACCACUUCUAACACACUGUCUGCCCUCCUUUCUGUCUGAUGUCUCUUCAUGAAUCUUCUCAGCGAUUCUCCCCACCUCUGUGGUGGAACGCGUCUGUGAAGUUCUGUUUUACUGAUUCUGAAGCUCAGAGGCUUUUGCAACAGUGGAAAUAAGAGGAGCAGCAGCAGGGUUUAAUGCCAGGCCUUUUCACAGAGGAACAGAGGGGGUGGGGGGGUAAGCAGAGAGGUUACUGAGCAGUGGGCAUUCAACGAUUAAAAGACAACAACUCUUUGAAAGCUGACUGAGUUUGUGGCCCCCUCCGCUCAUUCCUGCUUUUUCCCACGUGUUGUUUUCUAUUUAUUUCCCAGGACUGGGCAGUGACAGAGAAUUACAACAUUUUCACUCUGGCCUGCCGAGACAUGCAAGGGAAUGUCUCGCUAAUGAACCUAAUGGCAUUAGCUUGAAGUGAAACAUCACGAUGACAGAAUCUAGUUCAGCGAUGCAGUACGGUGAAUUUGGAGGUAAAUCUGAUCGCCAGAAUGGUUCCAUUAAAAACUGGUGUAAUUUUCUGUUAACAUUAAGAAAUUUGUUCCAAACAAAGAACGCACUCAACCUUUCUGCAAGACUAAAUUAAGCUGAGAAAUUCAUCAAUAAAGUGAAAAAUAAAUCAUUCACAUUUAAUAAAGGACUCAAAACAUUUUAAUCUAUAGAUUUCCCUGUAAGCUGUCAUCAGUCUGAGUUUAUCAAUCACUGGCGAUGCAUUGGUCACUAAAUCUCUGUGAAUCUAAAAUCUAUAAAAACAUUUAUUUAAAGUUUAAAUAAAAAUGGAGUUUUUUAUACUUACAUUUUCAUCAUUACCACACAUUAAAUUGCUGUUCCCAUUGCUUUAAGUGAAUAAAAACAGGCAAAGGAGGCAAGGCAGCUUUAUUUAUAGAGCACAUUUCGCACAGAAGCAAUUCAAUGUGCUUUCCAGGUGCAAGAUCAACAAGAACACGAAACGUUUAAAUCUACAUGACAUUAUAAAACAGCAGUUUAUAAAAUCAAAGUUAAAACACACAAAUAAAAACAGAUGUAAGAACUAAAAUAAAAAUACGAAGUGCAGAAGGUGCAGCAUAAAG